AUGGUGUCAAACUGUGGGUGGAGCUGAGCAUAAGUGAAAUAUAUUAAAUGCUGUGAGGACAAAGUGAAGGAGUCACUGUUAACAUGGCUCUCCACCAGUUUCUGUGUGGCUUCACUGUGGUGAUCAUUCUCUUAUCCAAAGGUUGUCAGUCACAGGAAUGUGGCAAAGCUCCCACAAACACCAGAAUUGUGGGAGGUCAGAAUGCGCCCCCAGGAAGUUGGCCCUGGCAGGUCAUUUUGAACAAAGACAAUGGAGACCUCUGUGGGGGGUCACUGAUUAACGACCAGUGGGUGCUGACAGCUGCUCACUGCGUAACAGGGUCUCCAAACAUAACGGUCAUUCUGGGCCGCCACAGCCAGUCAGGUCCAAGCAACGAUGAAGUGUCACUGGGUGUCUCUCAGAUCAUUCUCCACCCUUCAUUCGGCUUCAUAUUCAACGACAUCGCUCUGCUGGAGCUGUCGGCCUCUGUGAAUUUUACUGACUACAUAAGACCAGUAUGCUUGGCCUCCGCAGACAGCACUUUCCACACUGGGACUAACAGCUGGGUCACUGGUUGGGGUGUUACUUUGCCUAAUGGUACUGGUUUCCCAGACAUCCUACAGGAGGUUAGAGUACAAAUAGUGGGAAACAAUGAGUGUGGAUGCGACUAUGGGCCUUUCAUCACAGAGGGGAUGAUCUGUGCUGGACCCAAAGCCGGAGGGAUAGCUCCAUGCCUGGGAGACUCAGGGGCGCCACUGGUGAUCAAAGUCAAUGACAGCUGGGUCCAGAUUGGAGCUGCAAGUUUUCAUCGAGGCUGUGCAUUGGGUACUACUGGUUUCACCCGUGUGUCCUACUACGAGGAAUGGAUCAGCAACGUUACCGGCAGCAACAGACCAGGCUUUGUUACCUACACCUCCCCUGGAGUUGACAGUGACCUAAACUAUACCUGUCCAACAUCACCACCCAUCACAACCACAGCCAAUAACACCAACACCACCACUAGUGACGAUAAGGAUGGUGACAGUGUAUUUGACGGUGGUGAAAAAGUGAUCCACUUCUCUCACUUCACCUCACUCUGUGCUCUUGUUCUCUCUCUCUUUGUACUGGGUGGUGACAGGUCAGUGAAUGGCCAAAGUGAGGGAGUCACUGUUAACAUGGCUCUCUGUCAGUUUCUGUGUGGCUUCACUGUGGUGAUCAUUCUCUUAUCCAAAGGUUGUCAGUCACAGGAAUGUGGCAAAGCUCCCACAAACACCAGAAUCGUGGGAGGUGCGGAUGCACCGCCAGGAUAUUGGCCGUGGCAGGCCUCUUUGACUCACAACGAUCAGCACUUCUGUGGAGGGUCACUGAUUAACAACCAGUGGGUGCUGACAGCUGCUCACUGUGUGACAUGGGAUAUGAACUUGACAGUUCAUCUGGGCCGCCACAGCCAGUCAGGUCCAAACAACAAUGAAGUGUCACGGGAAGUUACUCAGAUCAUCAUCCACCAAUCGUACAAGUUCCCAGAAAACGACAUCGCUCUGCUGGAGCUGGCGGCCCCUGUGAAUUUCACUGACUACAUAAGACCAGUAUGCUUGGCCUCAGCAGACAGCACUUUCCACACUGGGACUAACAGCUGGAUCACUGGUUGGGGUGAUACCAAGUCUAAUGGUACCACUUUCCCAGACAUCCUACAGGAGGUAGAAGUACCUGUAGUGGGAAACAAUGAGUGCCAAUGUUACUACGGGACUAUCAUCACGAAGAACGUGAUCUGUCUUGGGCCCAAAGCCGGAGGGAAAGGUGCAUGUCAGGGAGACUCAGGGGGACCAAUGGUGACCAAACUUGAUGAUAGCUGGGUCCAGGGUGGAAUUGCAAGUUUUACUUAUGAAGGCUGUGCCCAGCCCAACUUUCCUUCAGGUUACGCCCGUGUGUCUGAGUACGAGGAAUGGAUCAGCAACAUCACCGGCAGUAACAGACCAGGCUUUGUUACCUACACCUCCCCUGGAGUUGACAGUGACCUAAACUAUACCUGUUCAACAUCACCACCCACCACUACAGCCACUAAUACCAUUGCCACCACCACUAGUGAUGAUAAGGAUGGUGACAGUGUAUUUGACAGUGGUGAAAAUGUGAUCCACUUCUCUCACUUCACCUCACUCUGUGUUCUCGUUCUCUCUCUCUUUGUACUGGCUGGAGAAGAAAGUAAAGGAGUCACUGUUAACAUGGCGCUCUGUCAGUUUCUGUGUGGCUUCACUGUGGUGAUCAUUCUCUUAUCCAAAGGUUGUCAGUCACAGGAUUGCGGCAAAGCUCCCACAAAUACCAGAAUCGUUGGAGGUCAGGAUGCGCCCCCAGGAAGUUGGCCCUGGCAGGUCACUUUGAUUGAAGACAAUGAGCACUUCUGUGGGGGGUCACUGAUUAACAACCAGUGGGUGCUGACAGCUGCUCACUGUGUAAGAGGGUCUCCAAGUGUAACAGUUUAUCUGGGCCGCCACAGCCAGUCAGGUCCAAACAACAAUGAAGUGUCACGAGGAGUCACUAAGAUCAUUCUCCACCCUUUAUAUGACUUCCUGAGCAACAACAACGACAUAGCUUUGCUGAAGCUGUCGGCCUCUGUGAAUUUUACUGACUACAUAAGACCAGUAUGCUUGGCCUCAGCAAACAGCACUUUCCACACUGGGACUAACAGCUGGGUCACUGGUUGGGGUGUUACUUUGCCUGAUGGUUCCACUUUCCCAGACAUCCUACAGGAGGUUAAAGUACCAAUAGUGGGAAACAACGAGUGCCAGUGCUAUCACAAGAAAUAUUUCAUCACAGAGAGCAUGAUCUGUGCUGGGCUCAAAGCUGGAGGCAAAGAUUCAUGCCAGGGAGACUCAGGGGGACCACUGGUGACCAAACUUGAUGACAGUUGGGUCCAGAGUGGAGUUGUGAGUUUUGGUGAAGGCUGCGCCGUGCCUAAUAUUCCUGGAGUUUACACCCGUGUGUCCAAGUACGAGGAAUGGAUCAGAAAAAACAUUGGCACCAACAGAGCUGGCUUUGUUACGUUCAAGUCCCCUGGAGUUGACAGCGACCUAAACUUCACCUGUUCAACAUCACCACCUGCUACAACCACCACUACCACCUACACAACUGCUCCCACCAACACAGCCACUACCACUGAGACCACCACUACCACCAACGCAGCCAAUACUACUAUCACCGACACCACUCUCACCAAUACAGCCACAACUACCGCCAUCACCACCACCACUAGUGACAAUAAGGGCGGUGACAGUGUAUUUGACGGUGGUGAAAAUGUGAUCCACUUCUCUCACUUCACCUCACUCUGUGCUCUUAUUCUCUCUCUCUUUGUACUGGCUGGUGAUGCCUAAAAUGAAAAUGUGAAACGAACGGUUUAAAAUUCUUGUUCCCAAAUGUCUCAGUUGACUGUUUGAUAAUGAGUCCUCUCUGUAUGAUAACAGCACAAAAACAUUUUCAUUGUAGAGUCUGUCCAUCCAUCCAACCAUUUUCUUCCACUUAUCUGAAAUUAAGUUGUAGCAGAGUAUUUUCUGUUUUUCUAAUAAAUUGUGAUCUAACUUAAUUACAAAUGGGAUUGUUUGACUAACUUGAC